AUGGGAAAAAACGAUAAAAAAGGCGCCGAAAAGUCCGCUGGUAAGGGCAAAGGGGCGGACAAAGAAUCGGGCGGCAAAGGCAAGGGAGCACAAGCCAUCAACGUGCGGCACAUUUUGUGCGAGAAGCACGCCAAAAAAGAAGAGGCUCUUGCCAAGCUCAAUGAUGGCGUCAAAUUUGAUGAAGUAGCGCGCAAUUACUCAGAGGACAAAGCGAGACAAGGAGGCGCACUGGGAUGGAAAACCAAGGGUAGCCUGGACCCAAAGUUUGAGGAAGCGGCGUUUGCCCUGGAGCCUAGUACGACAAAUAAUCCCAAGAUUGCCGAAGCCAAGACGGAAUUUGGCUAUCAUAUCAUCAUGGUAAGCUUCUGA